UAGCCAUAGAAAAAGAGAACAAAAUAUCUCGAGAAGGGUAUAUUAGUAAAAAAUUUCAUUCCCUUUGAACAAAGGAUUACGCCAAUUCGAGUUUUCAACAUCAACCACAAUUUCGCUUUUUUUCUCUCCUUCUUCUCUCUCACUUUCUGUUAAAGCUUCCCUCUCUCCCACCGCACCGCAACGAAGAAGAAGCGGUGCAAAAAAAUUCACGGGCGACGGAGGAGAUAUUUCGUAUCCUAAUGUGUCUCAUGGCGUUAUCCGACGCGGUUCUCGGGAAUCUCGCGACGAUCUACGUGGCGGUGAUUAUCGCGAUUAAGGCUUACGGAUUGAUCACAGGGAAGAGUUUCAGCGCUGGAUUCGUCGUCGUUGUUUCGAUUACGGCGGUAGGAGUUUUGCUGGCGGUUACGCUCGCUUGGGAUGUGUCUCGUAGAGCAGCGGAAGCGGUUUCGAGGUACAAUCGUGUUGGUGUUGAGGAGGAUCUUAGUCUCAACCACCGUCAUCAUCACGACGGUGGUGGUGGGAGUAGUUGUAAAGGAGGGAUUUGCUGGCACGGUGUUGCGGUUAGGUCGCCUGCUUCACAAGUUCGAUUUAGGCUUCCGCAACACAUUCCCUACGGCGCUUUCUGAGUACAUAUACUUUAAACUUUUCCCUUUUUUGACUGUUUUUUUUUUUUUUUCCUUUGUUUAAAAAAAAAGUUUGCAGGUGAAGUAGGUGAUAACAUGUAUUAUUAGAUAUAAGUUUCGUGUAUAAUAGAUGAUGAGGAAUAAGGUGUUGUUCUUGUUACUCUGAAGUUAGGGAGGUUCUUUUGUUUGUUUUUGUAUUGAUAUAUAUUUGUAAAAUUUGUUAGUGAUAUGAUAGAUACAUGUUUCUUGUUUCUAAAAAAAAUUGGUAUUGGAUCAAGAGUUUGUACCGGUAUUGUAUUAUAUGAACGGAAGCAUAUCAUGAAAAGCCUUUUUGAUCUA